CUCGUAAUUUCUCAUAGAACCAAGAACGUAGGCACAACUUCUUCCAAAAUUUUCAUCGGGUGUCAAAUUGAUUGUCAAAACAAAAUAGGCUAGUUUAUUCUCAACCACACAAUUAUGGGCCUGUUUGGCAAAACACCUGAAAGGAACCCGAAGGAGCAGGUUAAUGAAUGGUGUAGGAAAUUGAGGAAAGAAAGCAGCCAACUGGAGCGCCAGAUAAGAGCAAUUCAGCGAGAAGAAGAUAAAUUGAAAAAGUCAUUGAAAGAGGCAGCAAAGAAGGGUGAAAAAGAUGUGUGUGUUAUCUUGGCCAAGGACGUUGUACAUGCACGCAAAGCCAUAAAUAAAAUCUACACCAGCAAAACGCACAUUAGCUCAGUACAGAUGCAGAUGAAAAAUCAACUUGCAACUUUAAGGGUUGCUGGCUCUUUGAAGAAAUCAACAGAGGUGAUGAAUGCGAUGCAAACAUUGGUUCGUGUUCCUGAAGUUGCCGCCACUAUGAGGGAGCUGUCAAAAGAAAUGAUGAGGGCUGGUAUUAUUGAAGAAAUGCUGGAUGAAACCAUGGAAGACAUGGAAGACACUGAAGAAAUGGAAGAGGAAGCACAGACUGAAAUUGAUAAGGUGCUGUGGGAGCUGACUCAAGGUGAACUUGGUAAAGCCCCAUCAGCUGUCACAGAUUCGUUGCCAUCCACAAAUCCUGAAGCAUCUCUCACGGAUGAAGCUGGGCCCUCAUCAGCUGGUCUGGAAAGUGAUGAGGAAGAAGAUUUAGAAGAGAUGAAAGAACGGCUCUCCGCACUUCGAAGUUAGGCAGCUGAUGAGGGGGCUCCUUCAUGGACUAAUCCAACUGUGGUAUACUUUUAAUAAAAUUAUUAGUAGUGCAGAAAUAUUUUCUGUUUUGCAUGCCCAAGUUUGUGGAUAGUGUUCAAGACAGAUUAAAUGCAUUACUAUUGCACAAUAAUGAGCUAGCAUCAUCUCAAUACAAUUUGAUUCUUGUAAAAGUGUGUGUGUGUGCGUGUGUGCAUUGGUGGAUUUUCAGUUUCAAUGAUAUCCUAAAGUCAGGCUUUCAGGCAUCAGUUUUCAACAUUAAUUUAAAUCUCUCCAGAGUUACUCCCUUUCUUUCUUGUUUUGAUAAUCAAUGAAACUAUUUUUUUAUGGUUCCAUUAUGCUAUGAUUUAACCAAAGAUUAAUUAUGGAGAAAGAUUUAUUUAAGUUUGACAAAUAUAAUUUUGUACCAAAAUGUUGAAAGCUUCAAACAACCAUCUCCUGAUAGUUAAGUAACAUUUAAAAAUUGUUUUGGGAGCACUAAGUAGUUUUUCCCCCCAUCUUCAAAGUGCACCAUGGAUAUUUUAUGCCAGUGUUACCAUUAAAUGAACUGGUAUUUUUACCAUGAGACGUCACCUAAGGCAUUUCUUGCAUGUCUACUUAAUGUUUUGCUAACAAUGACCGAAUAUAUUUUAGCUCCAUUUACAGUUGCGAUCCUCUCCUGGGUUCCACCUGCCCAUUCGAACUGUCAGUAUUUUAUUCUUCUCAAUUUCUCCUUACCUUUGUGGUUUUGCUUUCUACCCUACUAGGCACAGACUGUCAUCUUUUGACUUCAUAUGAAGAUGACCUUUAUGAAAAGGAAUUAAAUUUAUAUUUAUACAUACAUAUUUGUAUAUUUUUUCAUUGGCUGUUAUGAUAUAUUACUUAUGUGUUCUUAACUUAUUUCUUUGAGUAUUGUUACACUCUCCUAACACUUCAGUCCUAUUGAAUUUUUUCCCCUUUUACUUUUCACUUAUGCAUCUGCUUUGACUGCUAUGAGCUUUGUUCUUCUUUUCUGGAUUUGAUAAUUGUUAGAGAUGAGACUUCUUAUUACUCUUCUAAGAAAAUGCUCGUGCUGUUUGUUAAAUAUCAUCCCGUUUUGUAUAAAUGUAAGUCUGUUAAAACACUUUCAGAUGUUUAACAAUAAAUUUGAAUUACUUG